AAGGAGUUCAAUCUCGAUGAUUCCAGAAUAGAGAGAUUUGAUUGUAUGAGAAUUGUUCGUUACACACAUACAUAUACAUAUACGCUUUCGCGCGUAUGGUACAGAUCAGUAUAUACCGUGUUCUUUGUAAACUGAAAGCGGAUCGAAGAAGCUGCAACGUGCUAUCGGCGUUGAAGAGUACUACUUUGUGUCUUUGAAAGACCCAUCAAUAAGAGAAGUGGACCUAUAAAGUUUAAGAGAAAUAAACUGCAGAAUAGCAAAACGAUACGUUCUUGCGCUUAGCGAGAGGUUAGAAAUUCGCAGCACAGUAAGCACGGUUUGUUUACGAAGAGAUGGCAGAGAAUUUUGGAAGGGAAACGCCAUCGGCUUACAACGAAGAAAGCAAGACUGCAGGUCAACCGUUGUCGGACUUUCUGUUGCAAUUAGAAGAUUAUACACCCACGGUACCUGAUUCCAUCAGCGAGCAUUACUUGCAUACAGCUGGUUUCAACACUACAGAUCCUAGAAUAGUACGUCUGGUAUCUCUAGCAGCACAAAAAUUUAUCUCGGAGAUUGCCAAUGAUGCGCUGCAACACUGCAAAACGCGUGGUGCCAAUCAAAACGCAAAGACAAAAGGGAAAGAUCGACGUUAUACAUUGACAAUGGAAGAUUUGACACCAGCAGUUGCAGAAUAUGGAAUAAUAGUGAAGAAACCACAUUAUUUUGUUUGAAAAUUUGAAAACUAUCAAUGUAAUUGAAUAUGUUUAUUUUGUGAAUGUUUUUUUACAAAGCAUUAUAUUGAUGGCACCGAUAUAAAGUAACUGCAUUUGGGUGCAAAAGUCUUUCAUAAACUAAAUGAGAGAGAGAAUUGGAUAUAUAAUAAAACUGUAUGAAUAGUGUUCUGAAAGAGAGUUACUAUUAUAAUAUAUUUUAUUGGUGACUUUAUUGGUUAGUAUAUAUGUUAAUCAUUUGGCUAUAUUAUUGCUAAUGUUUUUGUAAAGAUUUAAGGAUGUAUUUAAUAAAUGUAAUGUGUGUGUAGUAAAAA